AUGCCACAGACAGUACCACGGUCCGGGUGCAGCCCGCCAUCGGCAUCUCAGGACGAGAGAACAGUCCCCGCUUCACCAGCGGAUCUUCAUCAUCUCCUGCGCAUAUUAGGCGCCGCCUCUCCUCCUGAACCGAUGUUGCACUCCCCUCCCAAUCCGCACGCGAAGCCCCCACCGCCAUACCCUGAGGAUAACAACAGCUUCUUAGACCGUCUGUACGAUUUUGAUAGUUACCCCACCCCGUCUCCUUCGUCUGAUGAAGGAUCGAUUCCCACAGUGGCAUUACAACCACCUUCCCCUUACAACUCCCUUCAAUACUCAAACGUUUACGUCAAAGAAGAACCGAACAGAUUGUCUGUACCUGAAUUUGCAUCACACUACCCUUUAUCACCUUCCGGAUCCUGCGUUUCGUACAGCAGUCAUAAUCACCAUUCGUCACCAGUGUCUCACCACGAGGAAUAUAUAGACAUUGAGGAGUUAUUGAAAGAGAAUCAAAUAUUACAAGAAAGCGUACAACAAACCUAUAUCACACCUAAACUCGAAGUUGAAGAGCCUAGGGAUCACAUUCUUUUGAGGUCUGCUUUAGAAGAUACAUCAUUCCAGAAACGACUUAACCUUAGACCUAUUCCUUUGGAAUUGGGCAGUGUCAAGAUGGAAGAUAGCAGCGGCGGUGCGAGUGGAACGGGUGAUGACGCUUUAGUAGCUCCGGAUAUAGACCGCGUGCUUUCAAUGGCAAUUGAACAGUCAAAACGAGACGUAGACAAUACCUGCACAGUGCUGGGAAUUUCGCCAGAUCCAUUACAAUGGAGCACCAGUGAUGUGAAAGCCUGGGUUAUGUUCACAUUGCAACACUUCAAUCUCCCUAUGCACCACAAGCUGGAAGCACGCUUGUAUGCUCAAUUGGAGAUCUGGAAGGCGGCAAGACACGAAGGCUGGAGACCAACCCCUUGGCCAGAGCACGAGCAGGCUUCGCCCAAACCUACGCCAGCUGUUUUACCGUCAGCUGAUGACAUGAGUGACGACGAAGAUUCAGAGACAGCAGUCGCGAGCGCAGUGUCUGCUGGAGGCAAGGCAAAGUCUGGCAGCACGCAUAUUCAUCUAUGGCAAUUCUUAAAGGAGCUUCUAGCCUCACCACAACUGCAUGGAUCCGCAAUUCGAUGGUUAGAUCGAAGUAACGGUAUCUUCAAAAUUGAAGAUUCAGUGCGUGUCGCUAGACUGUGGGGCAAGCGAAAGAACAGGCCUGCGAUGAACUACGAUAAACUGUCAAGAAGCAUACGACAGUAUUACAAGAAAGGCAUUAUGAAGAAAACUGAGAGGAGUCAAAGGCUGGUUUAUCAAUUCUGCCAUCCAUACUCCCUUUAA